CGAGUAAGAGUUUUGCUUGGCAUUCUCCCAAAGCCCCCGUUAGGAGUAAGGAAAACCGUACAGUACAGCUAAAACCCCUUUAAACCCUUUUCGUCUUCCUCUCAACCUUACCUUCCAUUCUAUUCCCUGUCACUCGAGAUACAGCCCGAAGCAAGGCAGAGAUGUACACUAGACAAGCAGCUUCAAAAUGGUUAAAGAGAUUAAGCUUUCGCUCUACAGCAUUCCAUCACACUUCGGGAGCUCCCAAUUUUCCUAACGUAUCAAUCUUCUCUUCUCGCUGCAACGGGAAAUCUUCUUCGCGUAAGAAUAGUAAUGGCUAUCAUGAUGGUUAUCUCAAUGAUUUUCCAUGGGUUCUUUUGUCUGGACCUGCUUCAGCUAUUAUUCUUGGAAUAAACUCAAAUCCUGUUCUAGCUGAAGAAGCAUCAUUUAAGCCAAGUUCGGAAAAUGGUAUUGAGGAUGGUGAGACUGUUGGACUACGCAAAGUGGAGGAUGGUUCUGUGGUAUCGAAUUUACAUACUUCAAAGUGGAGGGUUUUUACUGAUACUGCUCGGGACUUAUUUCUGCAGGGAAGACUUGAAGACGCGGAAAAAUAUUUUAUCUCUGCGAUUCAAGAAGCUAAAGAAGGUUUUGGGGAGAGAGAUCCUCAUGUUGCAUCUGCUUUCAACAAUCUGGCUGAACUGUAUAGAGUCAUGAAAACAUUUGACAAAGCGGAGCCCAUGUAUUUGGAAGCCAUUAAGAUACUGGAGGAAUCCUAUGGCACUGAAGAUAUAAGAGUUGGUUCUGCACUUCACAACCUUGGCCAGUGUUAUCUAGUUCAGAGGAAGCUAAAAGAAUCCUGCAACUGCUAUGAGCGGGCACUGAAGAUCAAAGGUCGCGUUCUUGGAUAUGGCCAUGUUGAUUAUGCAGAUACAAUGUACCAUCUUGGAACAGUGCUAUACCUUCUUGGAGAGGAAAAAGAUUCUGAGGCCCUGAUCCAGGAUUCUAUUAGGAUACUGGAGGAAGGUGGUUUAGGUGAGUCAAUUCUCUGCAUCAGAAGGUUGCGAUAUCUUGCUAAGAUGCACAUGAAGUCAAAUAAUCUUUUGGAGACUGAGAAUGUACAAAGAAAAAUUUUGCACAUUAUGGAAUUAUCAAAGGGAUGGAAUUCUUUGGAAACUAUAAAUUCUGCCGACGGCUUGGCCUCAACGCUAUAUGCCAAUGGUUGCUUGAAGGAAGCACAAGAGCUUCUUGAGAGGUGUCUUGAUGCACGGAAAAGUUUACUUCCUAAGGACCACAUCCAGAUUGCUGCUAACAUGCUUCACAUUGCUCGAGUGGUAAUGCUAAGGUCCAACGAACUAAAGGCGACUGAUGUUUCUAAAGCAGUUACUGCAACUGAUAGAGCAAGAGAACUUUUAAAUAACUCUAUAAGGAUAUCACGAGGAAUAUUAGAUAAAAUAAGCAAGCAUGGCGAGAAGAAAAAAAUUCAUAAAGAUGGAGAAUCUGGAAAGGACGGACGAACAGCACUUAUCAUACUGUUACAAUCACUUGAUUCUCUCGGGAAUUUGGAGAUCACGAUGCAAGAGAUGCAAGUAUCAAAGAAGGAUCCUUUGCUCGUUGAGGCUGAGAAUUUACUCUCUGAAUGUUUUUCUACUUAUCAAAAGUUCAAAGGUUCAACUUUCGACACUCCUGAAGUCAAGGCUGAGUACUGUGCAUGUUUGAAGCGUCUCUCAAGCCUGAUUAGCGAUGGCAAAACAAGAAAGCAAACAGGAAGGGUCAGUUUGGAAGAUCUGAAGGAUGAAAUCAGUCGCCUUCAGGUCGAAUUGUCUCCAUACAGAAAACAAAAAAGCUAACAUCUUUUCGCCUCUUCAGGCCUGGAAUCAUUAUUAUGGCUUCCCUCAUCUAAAGCAGCAACAUGGGGAAGUUUCUUUACUACCUUACCUUUUUCUAUUUCUUUAUUAUGUUGCUAUAUAUUUUUUACCUUUCCUUAUUCUAAAUAUUGGCCUGGGCCUUCAACUGCUGUUGUAGUUGCAGUUCCAAUAAGUGUUGCUACGACCUUACAUGGACAGGAUCUAGGUUGUACAUUUGUGUCCUUAAGUUCUAGGGAGACAAGUUGCAAUAAAGGGCUUUUGGCAGUUUGUUUUAUUCCCUCCCGUUUGUAAUAUCAUUAAUUUCUUCAGAUAAACAUUGUAUAAUAUUUUGUCAUAAACAUAUGUUAGACUUUUGGAUUAGGUAAAAGUGUAGACAUUGAAAAUUGUCUUGACUAAGCUAGGCACAUAUUGACUUUUUUCAUUAGCAUGGCUAGAGAGAACGAGUUUCAUCUCUAUCUUUGAAUAAAAA